CAGCUCGGAGUUCUCGCGAGAGUUCGCGCGGCUCACUGGGUGCGUGGCGGCUCCGUCCCAACAUGACCGGGGACUCCGCAGCGGAGCGCGUCGAGUAGGCGGCUGCUUGCACAGGACGCUCCCCAGCCCCAUGAUUCGGCACAUUUAGUACCACUUACGCAGCGGAGAUAAUAAGCAACUUCUGACAUAUUUAUACGGUUUGGGUGGCGGAGCGUUCGAGGCUUUUUCUCAAAGCCGCCUUGAUCGGACGGUGUAAUUACAGUCUGCUAGCCGAGCCUAGGUCCGCCCGUCGCCCUGCUGUGCCCGAGAUGGAGACCUCCGUCGAGCUGACCGGCUCCCUGCCUCCGCCCCGCUCCCGCAUCUUUAAAAUCAUAGUGAUCGGCGACUCCGGGGUAGGCAAGACCUGCCUCACCUACCGCUUCUGUGCGGGCAAGUUCCCCGACAAGACGGAGGCCACCAUCGGGGUGGACUUCCGCGAGAAAGCGAUAGAGAUAGACGGCGAGAAGAUCAAGGUGCAGCUGUGGGACACGGCGGGCCAGGAGCGUUUCCGCAAGAGCAUGGUGCAGCACUACUACCGCAACGUGCACGCCAUCGUCUUCGUCUACGACAUCACCAACGCCGCCAGCUUCCAGAGCCUUCCGGCGUGGAUCGAGGAGUGCCGGCAGCACUCGCUGGGCCAGGACGUGCCCCGCAUCCUGGUGGGCAACAAGUGCGACCUGCGCGGGGCGGCCAAGGUGCCCACCGACGUGGCCCAGAAGUUCGCCGACUCCCACAGCAUGCCGCUCUUCGAGACGUCCGCCAAGAGCCCGGGCGAUAACGACCACGUGGAGGCCAUUUUCAUGACGGUGGCGCACAAGCUGAAGAGCCAGAAGCCGCUCGUGCUGAGCCAGAUUCCCGGCGGGAGGGACGUCGCCCCGCUGAAGCAGACAGAGGAGAGGGGGGCUUUCACCUGCGCCUGCUGAGGAGCGCCCUCUGCUGGCUGGGAGGGGAAGAACACAAAUAACCUCUUUUCCUCCCUCCACCACAAUAGUUCACUACUUAGUUUCUUUGUUGCCUCGUUCCUCCGUUAGUGUCUCCAUUCAGUCGCUGGUUGGUGUUUGGGGAAGGCUAAUGCUCCGGGUAGCUAAGCAUCCCUGUUCCGUAGCUGUGCACCUGGUUAGCCAUUAACCUUCCGAUACAGUAACCUCCGCUGGAGGACAGCAUCAUGGCACCAAUGCGCCACUAGGGGGCGCUGCUAGCUCAAUCGUCGAGCCGGACUCCUCAGGGUACCGCGCUCCCUCUUCGGGGCUGAAUGAACUCAGCACCCCCCCCCCCCCCCCCCCCCCCCCCCCCCCCCCCCCCGCUGACCUUGCCAUCUGCGGUCAUGUGACUGUCCUGAGAGUUACAGAGCAUGGCAGCUGAUUCGUCAGGUGUUCCUGUUUUGUGUUUAGGAAUGGUGCCGCUUUCUCGAGGGUGGCACCGUAACACCGUGUCCCGCCCAGAUGCGGAGAGAGUGCAGAGUAUUCUCAGAGUAUUCUCAGAGUAUUCUCAGAGUAUUCUCAGAAACCUGGCACGCUGUGCAGGGGUGUGGGGGCAGUGGGCGGGGUCUCACAUCACAUGAGCAGACAGGCAACUUGAACCUGUGUUCAGAGGUCAGACUUCCUGUGCUCCUGUAUCAGACUCCCGUUUGCAGCGGGACAGGGAAUUAAAACGGGUGGGUUCCUAGCGAAGGUAUCUUCCACAAUCCCCGGGACACGAAGGCCAGAGACGGGGACCGGUGGCUCGACGGUGAACGAGCACUGUUCUGAGAUCAGAACGCCUGCGACGACGCAGCAUGCCAGUGAUGCCGCCAUGUGUCGGCUGUCGCUCGCGGGUGGAUGGGGUGGGAAUAAUCCGCAAGGUGGAUCUCAUGUAUCUGAUAUCUGAAAUAAACCUGCAUGUUAUUUUUUCCCAUGCAGCCAUAAUCUAUUCAGUCUUUGCUGGUUUUGCAGCUCAGAUCCCUGUAAAUGCAACUGCGUGUAAAAGAACAAGCACAAGGAGGGGUUUACAGCUACUGGAAAUGGGGGGGGGGGGGGUUGCUGUUAUAAUUUUAAUCUUUAUGGGACGUUUGUGCCCAUCACAGGAAAGAUAGCGUCAGCAGUCAAUGUUCUGACUCCUUUAAAUGUGUUACUUUUGUUAACCUACAUAUUGUGCUCAUCCAUUGGCAUAUUGUUUUGAUGAUAGGAAUAUAGUCUAUGAAUCAUAAUUCUUUGCAUUGUGUUUAAUGUUUACUGAAUGGAGGCAUUGUCUUACUGAAGGUAGCCAAAGGAAGUUGUUUGCUUGGAGCUUUUGCAGAAUUUUAACUAUUUUUGUGAUUAUUAUUUAUUGGUGCCAUUUUGCAGAAGUGCCUUGCUAGUUCUCUCCUCCUGUUUUGUUGCGGCCUUCCGUAGCUGGCUUUGACCAGCCGUCCAGCUGGAUGUGCUUGUCCUCUCUAGUGCCCCGUUCUCUCUCUCUCUCUCCCCCAACAUUGGGUUUUUUUGUUUGAAUUGUACCAGGCAGGGAGACGCCUGUGCAGUUUCCCAGAAGCCCUCUGUAGAGAGAGGGAGGGGGAGAGCGGUCACAGUGCCAGCGGUCACGCGUGCGGUGUCCUAACGCCGUCUGUUACGGAGUAUCACGGCCGAGACGCCCAACCGGCCCCAGGAAUCUGUACAUCAUGCCUCUGUUUCCCCCUGCUGGUGAGCAGAGGUACUACACUCAGUCCCCUCGUCAUCAGCGUGCACCUCUGUGUCUGUCAGCGACGUCCGAGAACCAGAGGAACAAACUUCCAACGAUUAAACGCAUCCUGACCUGGGACGUAUGUCACGACAGCUUGUACGAGUGACUGUUUUACAAAACCUCCCUCGUCCAAAUUUCAUAAGACAAUCAUAAGUCAUUUACCAAGCCGAAGGAAGCUAAAUAGGUAAUCAGUGAAAGUAGGAAAAUGAAGAGCACUAUUAUUGGGAGAGUACUGUUUUUAAAAUGCUGUUGAUGAUUGGAGAUGUAUGACCAUAUAUGUACUGUGCAUUAAAGCACCUGGAAUAUU